AUGCAGGAAUCUAACUUGUUCACGAUGGAGGAAAUUGUGGAAGCAGGGCGUAGCUUACCCAGAGCCAAGGCGCCCGGGCCAGAUGGCGUGCCGGACGAAGUGUUACGUGUUAUCGUGCAGAUACGUCCAGAUUUGCUGCUGAACACAUUCAACGAGUGUGUGAAGACUGGAAUAUUCUUUGAAAGUUGGAAAAUAGCAACUCUGGUUCUGCUCCGAAAAAGGGAUAAACCGCUGGACCAACCAUCGUCAUAUACGCCGUUGUGCCUCAUUAACUCCAUUGGAAAGUUGUUUGAGAGGUUAUUAAAAGUGAGGAUAACUCGGCAUCUUUAUUGA